CAGGAGGACUAGGAGCAUAUUGACAGUUUCCUGAUGAGUGAAACCACAAACAUGUGAGAGAAACUGCUGUAUGGAAACUAGUCACAACGUCAGGAGAAUGAACUGAAGAACAUGUUGGGCUCUUUUCUUUCCUCAGUUCUGAAGAUUAUGGUUGCACACUCAUGAGAGACCAUAGUGAUGGACCUGCUGCUGGAUGUGAUCCUAAUGGCCCUUUCUCUAACGGCAGUCAGAAAAGUCCACGCAAAGCCAACCAAUCCGCCUGCCUUUGGAAACAGCAGCCAAGACAGCACGACUGCAAUACCAGAAGGUCAAAAGUUGCGUUUGAUGGAUGGAAGAGGCAAGUGCUCUGGCAGGGUGGAGUUGGAAUACAACGGUACCUGGGGUACUGUAUGUGAUGACAACUGGGAUCUGGCUGAUGCUGAAGUUGUGUGCCAGCAGCUGAAAUGUGGGUCGGCCCUUCAAGCUCUGAAUGCUUCUUACUUCCACAAGGGAACAGGCCCCAUCCAUUUGGAUGAGGUGAAAUGCUCUGGGAAUGAGUCUUAUUUAUGGGACUGUCCUUCUGAGAAAAACCAUGACUGUGGACACAAGGAAGAUGCCGGUGUGAUAUGCUCAGAGCACCAAGCAUGGCGGCUGUCGGGAGGCUUAGAUGCUUGUGCUGGACGAGUGGAGGUCUAUUACCGGGGCGUUUGGAACACCGUAUGUGAUAGUAGCUGGUACCAGGAUGAGGCCAAUGUGCUGUGCCAUUCCUUGGGUUGCAGUGACAAAGCCCUAGUCCCCAAGAUGCCUUUCAACCACACACUGCUGGGCAAGAUGUAUUAUGAAUGUUACGGACAUGAAGACUCACUUGACAACUGUGUCUGGCACUACAACAAAGCCACCCUGUGUGACCACUUCAGUGCAGCUGGUGUGAUUUGUAAUAAUGAUUCAUUGGGUUUGAGGAACGUGACAGCGCCAGUGACAGAAACGGUGACUCCAAUCUCCCGCCUGCCGACUCUAGGUUUGACUAACCCUGAGAAGUGGGAUGUUGGGCCAUCCUACCGUAUGCUGCAAAUCCUCUGCCUUGUCCUGGGUCUUCUCCUUUUUCUGGCUAUUCUGGCUCCUGUCAUCAUUAUUUUGCUGAACAGGCACAGGAAAAAUGGUACCUUUGAUUGUACCGUUUCCUCAGCCUCCAUAUCUGCCUCAGCCCAGAUGACCCACAACCAGCAGCUGGUUGCAACUACUGGAGGGAAUAAUGACUAUCGGGAAAUCCCUACUGUCUUCUCCAAAGAAGAAGUGACAGCCACAAGACCUACACCUGUUAGUGAAGAUUCUGAGUCUGACUAUGAACCCUAUGACUUUAAUCACAAGCCACCUGUAGCCCUCUCUACCUUCUACAAUUCUCUUCAACACCGAGUGUCUGAUGAAAACCUUCCUCCCUGCAAUUUUGCCAUGCCUUCCGUGCAUGAAAAGGACGAGAGCCGACAUGUCGCUUGGGAGGACAAUUUGCAAAAAGAAUCGACAGCUGAAGACAGUGACAGCACAUCUUCUGGAGAUGCCGAUUGGUAUGAGAACAUCCAGAAAGCAGAGCAACAGGAAAAUUAUCCAGGAAGUGAGCCUUCCUUCGGAGGCUUGACAACAACUUUUUCUAGGCCUUUCGUGAACUGUGAAGCUGGUCCUGGGAACGGCUCAUUCAACAGCAGUGAUUAUGACGACAUGAUGUGGUCCUGAGAUUGUGUUGCUACUGAAAUGCAGCUCCCUUCUGCCUUCACUUACCUCCUCCCCAAGAAGCCAAGGACAGCCAAGACUUUAAGAAUAGGAAAUGUCAUGUUGCCGCAACCUGUGAGGAUCUAGCAUUUCAAAGACAUCAGAAUGAUUCUGCCAUCAAAAAUAUGGCAGUGCCCAUCCUCAUCUCAGAGUAAAUUAGAGAAAUGUUAUAUUCACAUUGCCCAGUACUCUCCAGUUCUUGUUCUUGUGGUAGAAGUAUGACGGGUGUGUCUGCCACUAUUUUCACUACAACUCCCAGAAGUCUCCUAAGCCAGCACAGCCAGUGACCAUCAUGGCUGGAGGAUUCUGGAGCUGUCCUCCAGAAAAGUAAAUUUUCCAAGUUUGAGGAGAAGCCCCAUGGAACAGUAGACAUCAAGCUCUAUACUCCCUUACAUAUUUUUGUUUUGCCAGCCAGCAAUAUAUUUGCACUAAAUAGUUGGAAUGGAUAGCCCUAAGUCUUCCACAGGCAGUCACCUGAGUUUGAGCUUCAGAAUACUGUAUAGGCAGCUGAGGCAGAAGAUUCCAGACAUAAGCUGGGGAGGGGGGGGGUCAACAUGAGCUGCAUUCUCCUAUCAACACUGUCAUCAAUGCUAGCAAGGUGGAAACUAAGCUGAAGUCCUAGUUCAAAAAUAUUAUUUUAUUUCCAUUUGGAAGAGCUUGUAGUUUGUUGUCAGUAAGUAUUUGUACUUUCUGGCCAGGAAUGCCAUUCUUCCUUGGAUACGAUUCGAUGUCAGAGUUGCUCCACUUGAAGAAAUCUAGAACAUCUAUUUAAGGAAUUAACUUUCCCAAGAGAAUACACUGGGAGGUGUAUCUUGGAUGUGUUUGUGUAUUUUAUUCUCAUGUCACCUUGGUAUAGAUCUCUGGCAGGAAUUCAAUUGACACCUGGAUGCAAGAGUGAAACUACAGGCCUAUGAUUCGGGAAAGGCUGAGAAUGCUUCCAGAGGUCUGCUUUGAGACAUGCAGUUCUGGCAAUGAUUUUCUUAAUCAUUACCCAGUGUCAAAGGACAGCACCAUUGUAAAGAAUGUGGUCCAGCUUAGACCUUAAUGCUUACCCUAUCCCCUAUGCACCCUCAUACUGGAGAUAACGAUGGUGUUGGCUGGACCCAUUCAUACUUGUGUUUAGCACAAGGUUGUUCAAAUGCACUGGGAUGCUGCUCUGCAGCUGGGGCCAGAAGCAUCUGUCAUCGGUAGUAAUGAAUGUAUCCAAUGAGACCUAUAUCCAAGCUUCUUCUGUGUUCAAUUGAGCUAUGUAUGUUUGUGAACCGUAUUCUUUCAUUACUCAUUCCAACCUGUUGCACUUCUAUAACAAUGCAUUUAAGAGAGAGAGAAAAAAAGAAUACCCUUUUCUGGUAUAUGUUUUUUGUUCUCCUAAUAAAAUAUGAAAUCUGA